GUAACGCGAGUAGUUAGUAUUACUUUGCUGUUGUCUCCGGCACUUCUUUUCUUUUCUUAAGCCCUCCCCCGCGCUUCUAUUCCCCCCGACAGGAUGAAGGUAGAGCUGACCAUGCAGUACUUGGACGAGUGGAUGCUCCGCUGGCGCAAGUUCCAAACGGAGAGCGACUGGGAGAUUGAGAAGAACCGCCAGUGGUGGCGCCGCACGAACAUCGUGGUGUCCGCCGCAGUCAUGGGCGCUCUCACGAUGUACACCGCCGGUACGGCCACCAUUCGCCGCCAGUUCGGCCCCCCUCACUUCUUCGACAUCGGCAUCGAUGUGCGUAUCAAGGAAAGCGUGACGCAGUUCAUGACGUCGCGCUGGCGCUACACCCCGCAGGGCUACGGCCGUCUUUUGGUAGUUGGCGCGCCCACCUUUAUCGUCUUUGCCACGGCCGAGCACAUUCAGGAACGCCGUCGCCUGCGCGCCUACGUGCUUCAGAACACCGUCUUUGGCGAGCAGGCCCGCCGCUUGGUGGAGACCGGCAAGAUCGAGGAGUACCUCCCGGUCAACAUUAAGGCCACGCUGCCGCAGAACCAGAGGCAGCUGUACGCGUAA